AUGACUUUCGAAAAAGUAAACGAAAAUCCUGUAAAGGAAAACGUCAGUGAUGAAUUCAAAGAAACUGAUCCAUUGAAAGAAAAUACAGGAGAACAGAAUGAAGAAAAAAAGCGAACUAUCAAAGAAACCUGCUGCUAUGCAAUUAAAAACAUGACAGUCGAACCGACAAUGCUCCUAUUUGUAUCCGCGACGGUUUUAAGCUUACUUGUGUCUCAGAAUCUUAUUUUGGAAAAAGCGUGUCGUGUUAAUUUAAAUUACACAAAUGAUGUUUGUGAUGCUCUUAAACAGCAAACUAUGGGACAACAAAAUGUAUAUGAAAGAGAUGUUCAAAAGCUAGUAGCUGUGGCUCUGGCAAGGAAAACCCUAAUAGCGGCAUCGAUACCCUGUAUAAUGGCACUGUUUGUUGGUUCAUGGUCUGAUAAAACAGGGCGUAGAAAAAUUUUUCUACUAACGCCCCUUACGGGUCAAUUUCUUAUAGCUGUUAAUGGACUUAUAAAUACAUAUUUUUUUAAACAGCUUCCAUUGGAGGCGCUUGUGUACCCGGAAGCAGUAUUUGAAGGCCUGUGUGGCUCAUGGUGUAUUGCUCUUCUGACAAUGUACUCGUAUAUAAGUGACAUAACAACUAACGAGAACAGAACUUUUAGAAUGGGACUCACACAUUUCUCUUUGACUGUAGGCUUUCCUCUCGGUACAGGUGUCAGUGGAAUAUUAUUGAAAAGUAUUAGUUACUAUGGAUGUUACAUCGUAGUUGCUAGUGUGAAUAUAAUUAAUCUUUCGUACACUACUUUUAUAUUACAAGAUCCGAAACGUUCACCAGAGCAGAUGAUGCAUGAUGGAAAAGGUUUACUAUACUUCCUUCGAACGUUCUUUGAUUUUAAUAAUGUCAAAGAAACCUUUACGACUGUGUUUAAAAAAAGCGCAAAUAACAGAAGAGUUAAAAUAUCCACGAUGCUUUUUGUUACCAGUACAAUAUUUGGACCUAUGUAUGGUGAACUUUCUAUAAUGUACAUUUCCACAAGAUACAGAUUUAACUGGGACGAACUACAAUUCAGUAUCUUUCAAUCUUACAAUAUGGUUGCUCACACAAUUGGAACAAUCUUUUCUAUCACUGUGUUCAGUAAAAUAUUGAAAUGGCAGGAUUCCGUUAUGGGACUUUUGUCAACAUUUAGCAAAAUAGCUGGCUCUUUUGUAUACUGCUUCGCUCCCAAUGAAAAAAUCUUCUUUAUAGCUCCUAUAUUUGACAUGUUAAAUGGAACAGCACUUUUGGCUCUCAGGUCACAUUCCUCAAAGUUGGUCUCACCAGAAGAGUUUGGAAAAAUGAACUCCAUAUUUGCUUUGGUUGAGAACUUUACACCACUUCUGUAUACAACACUAUACACGAAAGUUUACGUAGCGACGAUGGAAGUAUUACCGGGAGCCGUAUUCCUUAUAGGAUCCUCCCUUACAUUGCCUGCUGUCGUUUUAUUUGUUUGGCUGUAUUGGGAGUAUAAAGUUAUGCAAAACAAACAGAAGAAAGUUUACUGUAUCGAAUUAGCUAAUCAAGAUGAGUUCACUACACGAAAGGAUAACAUUGACACCCACGAUGGCAAUUAA